AAAACAAGAAUUGCAUUAAGAAAACAGAAGAGAAAGAUGUCGGAGUGCAAAGGUAAGAAUUCAUGGCCGGAGUUAGUCGGAGUGGAAGGAUCGGUGGCAGUGGGUACGAUUGAGAGGGAGAAUCCUUAUGUGGAUGCUCACACUGUGCUGAAGGGAUCCAUAGUCACAGCUGAUUUCCGUUGUGACAGGGUUAGGGUUUGGGUCACUAAAGAGGGAAUCGUUUAUAAGACUCCCACCAUUGGAUAGCAACUUCACACUCACUCACUUCAUAUGCUAUAAGUCAUCCAUACAAUAUUUAAAUAAGGAUUUGUCUUCUUCAAUUAUGUUAUUGCUUUCAAAAUAAAAGAAAUUACCUUCUUCAUCUU